GGCCUGGGGCGGAGGGUGGCGGCCCAGCGCUGGAGUCCGCAAGUCGAGCUGGUGUGCCGCCAGGCGCGGGGCGUGCGGCGAGCAGAGCCGGCAGGAGCGCGCCGGGCAGCCGCCGCCGCCGCCGUCCCAUGCGCGGGCGGCAGGAUGGAGCUGAACUCCCUGCUGCUGCUGUUGGAGGCGGCCGAGUACCUGGAGCGUAGGGACCGAGAGGCCGAGCACGGCUACGCCUCCGUGCUGCCCUUCGACGGGGACUUCGCCAGGAAGAAAACAAAGACGUCCGGCCUGGUGCGCAAGGCCCCGAACAACAGGUCUUCACACAACGAACUAGAAAAGCACAGACGAGCUAAACUCAGGCUCUACUUGGAGCAGCUCAAGCAGCUGGUACCCCUGGGCCCCGACAGCACACGCCACACCACUCUGAGCCUCCUGAAGCGUGCUAAGAUGCACAUCAAGAAACUGGAGGAGCAGGACCGCAGGGCACUAAGCAUCAAGGAGCAGCUGCAGCGGGAGCACCGCUUCCUAAAGCGACGUCUGGAGCAGCUAUCGGUGCAGAGUGUAGAACGUGUGCGCACUGACAGCACUGGUUCUGCUGUGUCCACGGAUGACUCAGAGCAAGAGGUGGACAUAGAGGGCAUGGAGUUUGGCCCUGGGGAGCUGGACAGUGUUGGCAGCAGCAGUGAUGCCGAUGACCACUACAGCCUGCAGAGCGGUGGCUGCAGCGACAGCAGCUAUGGGCACCCUUGCAGGCGGCCUGGCUGCCCUGGCCUUUCGUAGGCUCCAUGUUCUUUGCUUCCUGGCCCACCUGCCUGCUCACCUAGCCAAGCGUCUCAGCCUUCCAGUCCUCCCUUGACUGAAGCCAGCCUCGUCAUGGGCCUCCUGCUGUGCCAUUCUCGAAGCUACAGCUGCUGCCUGGUCUGCCUGCCUUUGCCUGACCACCCUUUGGUCGGGACUUAAGCUGCCUGCCCCUUCUCUGCAGGGCAAGGCCCCAUGCAGGGAAGCAGGGUCAGGCGCUCACAUCUUGGAGCCCAGCGUAGCCGCCCACGAUCUGUUCUCAGAUUCCUAAUCAUUCCAGAAGUAUUAAAUGUUGUUGCUACAAAUCUCA